AUGGGCUUUAUACCAAUCACCAUUUCAGCAGGGCAGAACCCCCUGGUUCAGUUUGAUGGGAAGAUACAGACCCAAUUUCUGGAACCACCUCCUGGAACGGCUUUCCAGAUCAUGCAGACGUACAAAGCGCUCAAAAAAGAGGAUCGGAGUGGUGCCUACCGGGGUCCUCCUCCACACUUCCAUGUGCAUCAGACCGAGCGAUUCAAGGUUCUCAAGGGCCGAAUUGGGGUGGAAAUUAACGAAGAAGUCCGUAUAUUACGCCCUGGUGACGAAGUAGCCGUCUGCCCCGCCGGAAACAUUCACCGCUUCUUCGUCGAUACUGGAGAUGUUAGCCUCACGGAUCAAGAAAAAAAAGACUGGGAUGGAGAGAGCAUCCUGAUGGUCAAUGCUACCGAUAGUGGUAAGGACUUCGUCCUCGAUCGGAUCUUCCUAGAGAAUUGGUAUGGUAUUCGAGUGGACAGCUUCAAGUUCGGAAACAAGAUUGAUUUUAUUCAGCAAUGCUGCACGUUCGACGGGGGAGACCACUACCUUCCCUUUCCAUCUAACCUUCCCAAUUUCAUUUCAAAGCCUUGGUCAGUCUGGAUUCGUACAUUUCUUGGGUACUGGAUCACAAUCCUCGUGGGACGAUGGGUCGGUGGGCUGCUGGGGUAUCAGCCGUACUACCGAGAGUACACUACCGACUGGGAGCUCGCAGUGGCCAAGAUGAGUCAAACAUGGUUUUACCGCAAAAACGUCCAUACGGCGUAUCGAGCCGCUUCCAGUUGGGCCAAAUUGCAGCAGAUGACGCCGUUCAGUGACAACGGCGCAGCGCAGAUGGGACUUGAUGGGCUUCCUGGGGCCAAGAAGACAACAUGA